AUGAAGAAUCGGGGUGACUUUCUGCCGGCCGGCUUACAGGCCGAAAACAAUUUGGAAAAUGACGUGGCACGGCGACCCUUGGUGCUUUGGGGCGCCGUCCGCCACCCCCCUCUUCUGCGCUGUUUGCCUACCGGGGUGGCGGAGGCAGUGUCCGGACCACUGCGCUGUUUGGCUCGGUUCCGGCUGGGCGGGAGCGGGGCCCGCCCCACGGUGGCCCGCCCGGUCAUCCCUGACGGCCCGACUGUGGUACAGGCUUCCAUGAGCCGGUACCAGGCAGCCCUGCUGGGCCUAGGCCUGCUGUUCAUGCUGCUACUGUAUGUAGGGCUGCCAGCCACUCCUGAGCAGAAUUCCUGGGUCUGGAGAGACCCCAAUGUCACAGUCCUGGCUGGUCUCACCCUAGGCAACUCCCCCAUCUUUUACCGUGAGGCUCUCCCACUCCACCGGGCACGCAGGGCCGAGGUGGUACUGCUGCAUGGAAAGGCUUUUAACUCCCACACGUGGGAGCAGCUGGGCACACUGCAACUGCUGUCACAGAGGGGCUAUCGAGCUGUAGCCCUUGACCUUCCAG